AUGUCUGGCAUGCUCAAGAAUAUCUUUGGCGGCGCCGAGUCCGGUGCGGUCAAGCCCGACGAUGAAUUUGCGGACUUUGUUGAGGCUUCUCAACCCUCUCCUGCCUCUGUUUUCAGUUCGUCGCCGACGCUAGCUGCUUCGCCGAACAAUGGAGCUACCGUUCCCUACACGGCAUGGUACCGGGUGUGGGAGCGGACUUCGCCCAAGGAUUUUAUGCAGGAAGCGAUGGUCCUGCCCUUUAUUAUCCUGAUUGUCGUUUUCCAUCUGUGGGGUACGCGGAAGAACAGACGUAAGGCGAAGGAAUGGGCUAAGGCCCACGCGACUGCCCUCCAGAACGAAUUCGCCGUGGUCGGAUUUGGUGGCCUUCAGGGGACUGCGACUCCGGAUAGCCUGCUUAAGGAGAAGUCUCUUCAGGAAUUCGUCUCUUACGCUACGGGUCGGCAGAAUGUUGCCUUUGUUGAUAUUUCGGUUAAGUUGCCUAAACGGUACAACCCGGUGACCUACUGGAUGGACUAUGCGCUUAGCUUCCUCUGGGAGAGCUGGGCUGCUCCUACUGAGAAGGUCGAAGCUACUUUGUAUGCGUUCGAUGGCAAGGAGAAGGACCUGGUUCCCGUUCCCUCUAAGGAUUCGUCCGCUUUAAAGGUUAAUAACUCGACUUAUGAUGGAUUUAUCUGGGCUAUUGUGCACAAAAGUUGUAUGCGGAAGGUCCGUCAGGACCGCUACGAUGCUUCGAUCACUUUCACAAAGGAUCACGCUAAGUUGCCUCCCUGGGUGACUGUGAUGACGGAGAGCGCUGAGAUUACUGAUGCGCUUCUCACUCCCGAGUUGAUUAAGGCCAUUGAGCAGGCCGGCCAUGAGUUUGAGUACUUGAUUGUUACUGACCAGCCGACUGAUAAGCCGUUGAAGAUCGAGGAAACCACCCCUAGGAAGCGUAUCAGCCUUUCGAUGCACAUUCCCUCCGCAUCUGAUGCCUACGCUAGUACUCUGCCUCUCUUCCAGCAAUUCCUCGGUUUCGCAGACAAGCUCGUUGCGUCUGCGCACUUCCGUGCUGAGGUGAUGCGCAAGGUCCGGAACGUUCGCGAGGCCGAAAUAAAGAAGCUCCGCCGUGCCGAUGAAGAAGAGAAGGCUGAGGAACGCAAGCUCGCUGCUGAGAAGCUGAAGAAGGAAGAGCGGGAGCGUAUCCUCCGUGGUAUGACUGCAGACGAGCAACGCAAGUACCUCGAUCGCGAGAAGGAGAAGGAGAACAGACGUUCCACGAAGAAGGCCACUCGGAGGGCUUAG